GCAUUCGUAUGACAUCUUAAGAGGUCUACCACUCAGACUAACUUACCGUUGGCUCUACGCGCAACCCGAGUAAAGGAAACAACCAAAAUAUAAACUUAACCGCCUUGGAAUAUAUGUGGAUAUUUUCUUUUUUUUGGAUAUCCAGCAGGUUACUUGCUCGAGACUCCAAGUGCCAGGUACGCGGACAGGAGGAUAAUAAUGACUGGAUCAUGCGCAACUCAUUCAAUCUAACGAGUGACUCGAAACCCAACGGACCAUUUCUUGGAAUAUAACAUAUCUUAAUUUCUAUUUAAUAUUUGUUUGAUAUUUGUUUGAGCAUCAUUACCUAGCCGCAAAUGGCUCUCUCACCAGACGGCACUGGAGGACCUCCCGGAGGCUUCAUUCAUCCAAGCCUCCCAUCACCAGCUCCUUCGUCUUUCUCCACAUCUACUGCAACACCAUCAAGUCUACCACGGCAACGAGCUCAUCCGCUAAAAGCUGGCUCUAUCAAAGAAACGGCUCUGAUCAAUCAUAUCGACAAAAGUAUCCUGACGGUGAAUCGGCGGCAUGCGAAGAAAUUCAGCAGCGCUAUUGGCGAGCAGGAUAUCCCCGAGGCGGAGAGAGGUUAUGAGAGCUUCAAGGAGGUCGUGAAAGACCUCGAGGCUAUAAUUGAUAUUGUUUGGGUUAGCGGGACGCCUUCUCUUCAAAUACCAUAUUUGAUAUCUCUGGCUGGUCUCGUCAAUAGCUAUCUGCCAGAAUAUCCAUUUUCUCCACGGUCUACAUUUCGUCUGAUCAAGAAAUUAGAUGCGAUUUUCGCAUCCCUCUUAACGGGAGAAGAUGCGGAUACAGGUGCUCCGAUUUCAGGCUUUGAGAACCGACGCAAUGUAGUAUCCAUGACUGAGAAAGUCAGGAUUAAAAGUCUUGCUGAAGCGUGUCGUAUUGCAGUUGUUGAAGCUAGAGAUCGUGAAGAUAGCCGGGUCACGGAAGAGGAGGAAGCAGACGGAAUGGAUGUGGAUGGGACAGGGGAUGAGAACGAGAACGAGGAUGAGGAUGUGUAUGGUACUGACGAUUAUGUGGACGCUCCUGACCGAUGGGAAAUGGAGGGGGCUCGAGUGUAUGAGAGGACUAUACAGCUGCUGGGAGACGAGCUGGGGAAGCAAGGAGGUCUGUAGUGGAUGUUUCUUUUUGGAUAUGAUAUACCUAUUGGAUCUUGACGAAGGGGACGAUCGUCUGUUACCAUCUGGCUUGGUGCUCAUUUAUGGUUUGCCGGCAUAUGCCAUGGAUCAUGGGAUGUCUGGGUUCUGCAACUAGUCUAUCCUGGUACGCAUGGUGAAGUGUCAAAGCAACCUUGAAUAUAUGUAAGGGGCUAGAGUACGAGCUGCGUAACGGCACAUACUGGUCAUCCAGUUAAGUAUGACUCCUUGAGUAAGCGCACUACUUGUCGCGUUAUGGUCUAACAGAGUGGUUAGUAUAUUGUAGACAUGUGGUACGUACAGCCUACAAAAUGAACAAAAACAGCA